GCCAUUUUGCGGGGAACAAAGCCAAUCACCUGACGCAUCCGGUUCUUGUCGCUGGCCGUUAUGACCAGCUUGCCUUCCUCAUCCUCAUUGCCACCCGCCACGCCGCCUCCAAACCGUCUUCGUCGUCGAGGCUCUCCUUCAACGCCUCUCAACCCCAGUGUCCGUUUCAGUCGAUUCUUCACUUCCGUCUUGGGUUCACCGUUCCUGACCACGGCCGAAAUAUCCUCUCUACCCCCACACCUCGAUCUCAUAGAUGGCGACGACGCUGCUGUGCUCAGGGAAGAUACUGUGACCAGGCCGCCGUCUCCUGACACUGGGGAGCUUGCAUUGUGGGGUUUCGAGGUGGUGCAUCACGAGGACGAUGAUGGCGUGUGGGCGUUCAGGCGCUCGGCCUCGCCGUUCAGAUCACUUCUUCCCCGCAUCUGGGACGUUCUAUCGCCGUCACCACCUCGCCGGCAGCUCACCCUCUUCUCCAACCAUCCGAACCAUAGCGACUCUUCGCUCUGGAACAUGAAGUCUAUUGACUACGCACAACUUGCGCCACUCGACGGCGAAGAAGGGGAGCUCAUCGACGACGAAGCAUGUUUCUUCUAUCCCCCGGUCCGUGCGGUGACUGGAAUUGACAUCCUCACUCUACUCCCGCCAGAGCUCUCACUGCAUAUCCUCUCAUUGCUACUAUCUCCUCCCGAUAUUGAUCUGCGUGCUGCUGCUCCGACCGUGCUUGCCGGCAUCGCUGACCACAACAUUGAAGCUGCCGUCUCGGUUCGCUCUCUGCUCACGUGUCGGUCGGUGUCUCGUGGAUGGGCACACCUCGCGUCGGACAAUGCGGUGUGGCGAGCAGGGUACUUCAGUCGCUGGGGCGUCCCGUCAACACCGCAUCUGGAUGUUGCCAGAAUGAAGAAACUACCUGCCCUGCCUCCGGACCAACCGGCGCUCAAAGCAGUCCUCGCGCCGCUCGCCACCGACUGGUAUGUCCUAUAUCAGGCAAGACUGGAGCUGUCUCGAAGAUGGGCUUCAUCCUGUUGGGAUCCGCGGGCGACCGCACUAGCUGGGCAUACCGACAGCGUGUACUGCUUGGAAUUUUCUGGAAAGCACAUAGUCACCGGUUCCAGGGACCGAAGCGUGAAGAUUUGGGGAAUUCGGUCUGGCAGACUGCUGGGUACCUUGUCGGACGGACAUGACGGAAGCGUGCUGUGUCUGAAGUUCGAAAUGGCGGAGGAAGACGGUCGCUUGCUUGGCUCUCUCUUCACGGGCAGCUCGGACUGCACGGUUCGUGUGUGGGACUUAUGGACCGAGAGUGCCGGUGAAGAUGCACCCGUAUUUGGGCAAGUUCGUGCAGUCCUUCGAGGACAUACCGGCGGAGUGCUCGACUUGCGAGUAGCAGACAAAUGGAUCGUCAGCUGCUCGAAGGACACCUCGAUUCGAAUAUGGGCCAGGGACACCUUGGAGCCUCACAAGACACUCUGCGGCCAUGACGGACCUGUCAACGCUGUCGGGCUCGAAGGCCGGGAUGGCAAGACGCUCGUGAGCGCCAGCGGGGACGGGAAGAUGAUCUUGUGGAACAUUGCGACAGGAGAUCGGGUGCGAACAUUUGAGGGUCAUGAGCGAGGGCUGGCAUGUAUCGAAUACAAGGGUGACUUGAUCAUCUCUGGAUCGAAUGACUGCAAGAUCAAAAUCUGGAGCGCUUCGUCGGGAGCUUGUCUGCGCACUCUGACAGGGCACGAGUCCCUGGUCCGCGCGUUGGCUUUCGAUCCCUCGACCGGCCGGUUAGUCAGCGGUGGGUACGACCGGAGUGUGCGAGUAUGGGAUCUGUGUACCGGGCGCUCACUGCGCGUCUUCCGGGAUAAUCAUACCAGCCACAUUUUCGAUGUCAAGUUUGAUGCGCAGCGGAUUGUGAGCACCUCGCACGACCAACGGAUCGUUAUUCUGGAUUUUGCGCAAGGCCUUGAUGUCGAGCCGAGCCUUCUCGUUUGAAUUGUAUAGUAUGUGUAUGAUAUUGUAUAUUCGUUUAUGUACACCUGGACGUUUUGCACGAGUCUGUUUUUAUUCGAUUCAUGGACGAGAA